AUGAUAGCCUCCAACUGCGUCCACGACCCCGCAACCGACGACAAUGGGUUCGAGUCGAUGCGAAGCGAUGCCACUAACCUAACCACCGCCGGAAUUAACACUCUGUACCUGCAGGCGAAGGCCACGUCCUCCCCGUCCCUCCUCACGGACAUCCCCUUCAUUGAUGCGCCCAAGAGUGCUCUAGACGGUCUGGAACUGUCUCAGCAAGAAUCCGGCAUCGGGAUAUCUCCAGCUGACGUGGCGGAGCCAAGUGCCGCAUACUCCAGCUUCCUUGUUGUUCCACCUGAGUUGAAAUUGACCAACCCCAGGUGGAGUUUGAACUCCAGCCUUGAAGGUGGCGAAGAAGACGACGAAGCCUGUCAGAUAUCGGUGUACACUGCACCGGACAACCGCGUGGAGCGUCAGCUCUACUCUCUGGACGGAAACCGACGCUCGUCAUUCGAGACUGUCUACUGUCCCCCGGUGGUAAGUGAGCAGGUUGUGAGGCAGGUGGCGCAGACCUCGUCCAAGAAACCAGCCGUCCACCUUCCAGACGACAGUCGUGGAGUGCUGCCAGCAAAGGAGGUCUCCUCCCCACAAAUACCUCGACGCAAUCCCCCGCCUAGUCCGUCCACAUCGGUAACGACUUCAAUCAGUGAGAUCAUUUCCAGUCCACCGAGCGAAAAAGACGCCGAGGCAGUGCGAGAAUCCUCUGUGGAGACGCUGCAGUUGGAAGGUGCUUGUAGACGUGAAAGCGAUGCUUCCACAGCGCCCUCUGUAGACCAGGUGGUGACGCAGGAGGUGGAGGUUUUUGCGCAAACAAACCACAGCCAAUCAGAGAGGAGCGGCGUCGGAAACCGCUAUCACACUGACACCACAGUUAUUUCGUCCGCGUUGGGCAACACAUCGCAGUCAUUUGGUGCAAAGGCGCAAGAUCACACGCCGCGCGUAGCUGCCCGUCCACGCAUAACGGAGCGAUCACAGGCCGCGAUUGUCAAUCCUGUCAGUCAGCAGUUUGGAAAGGUGACAAUGCCCGUGGCGAGACCAUCUGACGACUGUGAUUGGGCCAGCAAAGUUCAGCAAAUCGCCCAAUGGCAAGCCGACGUGAAUUUGGCGAUGCAAGGUGCCAACAGGUCGUUCAUAGCUUCACCAACUGACGAUGAUGAUGAAUUCGAGGUUCUGAAUGUCCCGGGAAGACGACCGAAGCCUCUUCGACGGAAGAGUCGACAGCAACCAAUCAAAAUGCCCGAAAAUACGCAGCAUCAGCCGCUUCAGCAGCAAUUUCAACCAUUCACAAGAGGCCCGGAACCAGCCAAUCACAAUGAGAGUCGGUUGUUCGGUGGACUCGGCCGGCCAAUCACGUCGAUUUCGCCUAUACCUACGAAACGCCAGCCAACAUUGCUCACGACCUCCCCCCAAAACGGUAGCCACGAACCAGCAUACUUCAGAACUCCACCAACCAACGUCUACCAAAAUGUUGGAGCUCAUUAUUUCCGCGAACCAAUUAGCCAUCCACCACCUCAGAUGUCGACCUUCGCCUCACCACAAAGUGUCCCGCGCCCUAAAGUCGAUUCGAUGGGCUACGGCUCAGGAGGCUCCAGACACCGUCUGUCUGGCUACGCAGAAGCCCUCAGCUUGGCAACAGCUGCCAACGCUGCUGUGAGGGACGCCUUCAACCAGCGUGUGGCUGUCGGUGGUGAGAUGCAUGUUGAUGAUCUUGCAACCAGCAUCGCAUGUGACAACUGA